GCUGAGCCCGCCCCCACGCCUAGGACCUCAAUGAAACAUACAUGGCAACCUUCUCGAAAGCAUGAGUGCGGCUCUGCGGUGCUCCAUCCAUAUCAUCGCUCCCUGACCGUCCGCCAGCCUUGCGAUAACACGGUCGUGCCUUUGAUACUCCCUCCAUAUCAUGCAGCGGCACGACGGUCACCAACACCACCCGCGGUCAGACUGAUAUGUCUCAUCGCAACGCGUCUCAUCGCAACGCGUCUCAUCGUGCGAGAUCUAGUUCGGGAAGUCAGGUGCUUGAAGCCAACCCUGAACGUCGUCACACGACUGGCUCGUCGAGAAAUAUAUCUAUGUCGAGGCAAGAAGAGAGGCUACAGUUGAGGUUGUCCAGCAACAAACAUGCGCCUGGGGCGGCGACUGGGGAAUUGAUUGUCGAAGAGGGGCAAACGUCGUCAAAUCGGAGAUUGGCUCCAAGAACAGAUGCCUCUCCAAGAAAGGAAAUCGAGCAAGCUGUGAAGCCACUGCAGACUUCCAUGCGCCAAAAAGAUGCCCAGCAAACACCGAACCCAAUUCCGGAUGAAAACUCCUCCAAACUACCUAGGGCUAGACCUUCGGCACCAAGCAACUCCCUAUCACCGCAAAGUUACUCUAAUUCAAGUCAAAAGGAUCUAGUAAAGCAGAAACCUGUACUGGACCUACAAGGACGGCGCUCCGUAACCUUUCAACUUCCGACUUCGAGUCCAGAACUCGUGACAAUUCCCAACACUCCCCUCGGACGACCAUCAUCUCAAGACACGCAAAAGUCACAAUCCAGACAAGAAUGGCAGCAGAUACAUAUGCUGGCAGCUUCCGUAUUGCGAGCGGACGUCUGGGAUCUCCGUUCACAGGUACAUCAGAUGCGAGCUAGUUUGAGGGAGAAGCAGCAUGCAAAAGCUGCUGCUGACGAUAUAUUGUUUCGACGCAUAUCUUAUAUGACAGCUCGAGGGCUGAAUCUUACAGACUCGGGUGAUAGUAGUCCACUGUCAGGUCAAAAGAGUCUAACUCAGCUGAUGGAUGAUUGCCAGCAAGCCAGGAAUGAGUAUGGGCCUCUGGAAGACGAUUGUACAAUUCUCGAGGACCGACUUUCUCAACAAGAAUUCAAGCUUACUCGACUUGAGGAACAAAUUUAUGCUCGCAAUAAUGAGCCUCAGCAGAACCCAAACUCUCCUCAGUCACCAUAUCAGGAUGACGAACCUUCUCUAUCACCAUCCAUUUGUUCUGAUGACGACAAUCUUGAAGCAUCAGGAUAUCAUCCCUUGGUCAAUGAAUAUCUGUCAAAAUUAGGAGAUCUUGAUCUAAUGCAAGAGCGACUUGACGAAUUUCGAGAUGAGAAGGCAGCUUUGGAGGGAGAAAAACAGUCACGGCAGCGAUUUGGACUUGUUCUCGAUGCAAUUGACCAGGAAUGGUUAGAUGAUGCGGAAGCAGAGUAUAGUGAAAUCAUUGGGAAAAUCCGAGCGUUGGAAAAGGAUUUGGAGAGACUGAAGCAAAUCUGCUUGUCUAAGAACCUGAUCGACGAAGGUGGAGAUCCCACGGAUUUCCAGAGCCAGGAAGGGUCAUAUUUCGAGAAGGAGGAAGACUUGAGUUCAAGUGAUCACGUAUCAGAGUAUGUCAAGUACCCCUUACUACUUCCUCACCCGGGAAAGAAACACCAAGACACUCAGAUCUACGAGCCACAACCUGACUUGGCGUCAGAGACAGCAAUGACUCGGAUAAAUGAGUGGCUACUAGAUAAAUUACGAAUCUCCCCUCUCGAUGUUAGUCUCCUGGCUAGCACUUUCGAGAGUCUAUAUGGGACGAUGUCCAGAGACUGGCAAUUUCUCGUUCUCAAUGCUUGGUACGAAGAUGACACCGCUCGCAUGAUGUCAGAUCUAGACGAGACAAUACGCUCCUCUGAAUUAUCACAAGAAAAUCCCAGAGGAUCCGUUCAUGUUCUUUUGGCGCCAUCAACUCGGCCUCCAUCCGUUCUGUCAAACGAUACGGAGCACUCAUUUCCCUUGACCAAAUUUGGAUCAUCAAAAAGUAUUACCGAAAAGAUUGUUACUCCAUUCGGAGCCAUUCCUCAGACUCCGACAUAACGCCAGUAUCCGACAGAGCCCUGAAAAUUCGUUCUGCGAACGAACUAGACUAACAUCAUCCAUCUUCAAACAACAAUAUUCAUUUUGUCACCAGGCUCAUAGAUAAAGAUUUGUUUUCUUCCUUGCGCUAUUUGAGCGAUUUGAGCGACUUUCAGCACGGUGUUCGGACGGGACAAGGGUGCAAAAAUACAACAAAUAUUUUGGUAGCCUCGUUGGACACGAGCGCAAUCUGUAGGACUAGGAUAGAAUCCGAUUUGCUUAUCUGGCGGCUUGAAGAUACCCUUUGUUUCUCCUCUAAUAUCGCAUGGCGCUUCUGUUAGUUCUUGAUAGGCGCAAUGCUCUUUGCUUUUCGGGAUCUCAGACCAAUACUU